AUGGAGGAGAGAGACGGGACUACCGUGGAUCCUCUGGGGAGCCUCAACAACCUCAUGAUGCUGACAAGGCAGAGAAGAGUCUCUCCAGAUCAGAACCCCCCAAGAAACACCUGCAGAGAUCCACAGGGAAGAGAACUCACUGCUGCUCUGACUGUGGGAAGAGAUUCACCUCAUCAGGCAUUACAAUUCAUCAGCGAACACACACAGGGGAGAAAUCUUAUAGCUGUGAUCAAUGUGGGAAGAGUUUUACUACAUCUGGCUCUGACUUUACACCAGAGAACACACACAGGAGAGAAACCUUAUAGCUGUACUCAAUGUGGGAAGUGUUUUACUCAGCUCAGCAGCCUAAUAACACACCAGAGAAUACACACAGGAGAGAAACCUUAUAGCUGUACUCAAUGUCGGAAGAGUUUUAAUAAUCCAUCCGGCCUGAUAUCACACCAGAGAACACACACAGGAGAGAAACCUUAUAGCUGUACUCAAUGUGGGAAGAGGUUUACUCAACAAUGCAACCUGAUAUCACACCAGAGAACACACACAGGAGAGAAACCUUAUAGCUGUGAUGAAUGUGGGAAGAGUUUUGCCCAAUCUGGAGCGCUGACAGUGCACCAGAGAAUACACACAGGAGAGAAACCUUAUAGCUGUGGUCAAUGUGAGAAGAGUUUUGGUCAAUCUGGAGAUCUGAGAGUUCACCAGAGAACACACACAGGAGAGAAACCUUAUAGCUGUGGUCAAUGUGGGAAGAGUUUUGGUCAAUCUGGAGAUCUGAGAGUGCACCAGAGAACACACACAGGAGAGAGACCUUAUAGCUGUGAUCAAUGUGGGAAGAGUUUUGCCCAAUCUGGAGCGCUGACAGUGCACCAGAGAAUACACACAGGAGAGAGACCUUAUAGCUGUAGUCAAUGUGGGAACAGUUUUGCUGCAUCAAGAACUCUGACUCAACACCAGAGAAUACACACAAGAGAGAAAUCUUUUGUCUGUGAAUAAUGUGGGAAGAUUUUUGGUCAAUCUGGCCAUCUGGUAUCACACCAGAGAGCACACACAGGAGAGAAAUCUUAUAGCUGUGAUCAGUGUGCCAAGAGAUACUUUAAUAAAAUAUCUCUGAUCAAACAUCAGAAAAUACAUACAUGAA